AUAAACGGGCGGGAAGUUCAGAUCUCCGGAUUUGGAGUGCCUGUGAGUUACUGCGUGAUCGUUGUGAAUUAUGUCAAGUAGUGAUGUCUCAAUUUAUGCUUGUGUUAUUGUUAAACGAAAAGUUGUGAUGACGACGAAGCAAUAUGCACUUAUGUAAAAUUACAAUACCGACCAGUUAAGAUCUAUUAGUGAUGAAGCUCCUACGAAUUUCAACUAUUUCCAGAUGAAUUUACUAGUUACCCAAUUUUCUGUGAAGGAUUAAUUAUCAAAUUUCGACUAUAAAUUCAUGGAAGGUGGUCAGCCGGUCGCUGAAGUUCGUUCAUAUUCACCUAAUAAAUGUGGCGAAGUGGUUAACGGCAGUAUGCACUCAAGUUCAACGUCGGACUCAGACUACGAAUACCGCAAGAGGAAUAGCUAUUGUCUUAGUUGUCAAAGACGACCUAAAGCAUCAUUGAAAUUUAUAUUAACUAUAUGGUACUCUCCAGAGACUAGUUCGGCUAUAGCCGGUAAGUCCUUUUCGUGAUGAAGUGUACUGGUUUAUUUAUAACAUGAAUUUUAGUACAAUUAAGCACUCAAAAGUGUGUCAUACAAAAUCCAAUAAUAACACCAAGAAAAAAAUGAGCUUGUAGGUCACUCAUUAUCCAUUCAAUUAAGGCCUGGUUCUUCGGCACCUUAUCCCUACUGGAAGUUUACAAUCUUUCAGUCAAACACACUCGUAAGUACGGCUUGGAGAGAAUACGUCUCAUCGGUGCAUUGUUUACCCAUAUUUUACCAAAGAUACCACCAUAAGUUUGCUCUGACUUCUCACUACGAAUAGUUUAAUUACACCAUUCCCACUACUGCCAGCAAUUACACAACUAUCCAGAUAUGCAAACUUCCUGACUGCUUCCAGUGACUAUUGUAACAACCUCUGACAAUGGAAGUACACUGCAACUAAGUUCAUAUAUUAUUAUUCUAGCUAUUGUCUUUUCAUGACUUCUGAAUUCUGGUUUUUCCCAACGUUACUGAAAUAAUCAUUCUGAGGGUGGAAAAUUUUUGACUAGCUUUUGUCAGCAUCCCUACAUAUUUUUCCUAGCAAUGAACCCGUCAUUUUAUGAGGCUUUGCUAAUAUUGGUAGUCAUAACCUACAAUGGAAGCUUCCAAUAUUCUAAAUCCUUUUUCCAUUGAGACGCACGUUUCUUCUCGAGACAUGACGUUAAUAGUCGCGAACUAUGUGUAACUCGUUGCUUACUUCAUAUAAAGUUUCCUUCAGAGCUUACCUACACAGUGAAAAAACGCAUUAAAACAACCAACCGUUCUUUCAACCAGAUUAUUAUUUUACAUUUUUGUCAGGUUUUGUUCCUUAAUUUGAGAUAAAGGAAUUGAAAAAUUUAAAUGUAGUUAACAAUAAUUUACUGUUUCUCGUAAAUUACCAAUAGGGAUUUACAAUCGAUCUACACUAAAAAGGACCUGACAUACAGGACAUUUAUCAUCACGCAGUGAUUUAAAUACAUCUCAGUCCUACAGGAGAUCAGUCGCGGCCCGAACAGCUCAGUGAUAACGUCUCUGACUGUGAAGCUGAGUGACACGGGAUCGAAUCCGUCAGAGGGUGUCAGUUCCCUCAAGAAUAAUACAGGUACACCUUGCUGACGAGUGCCAAGUAGCACGAAACCCGGGUCCAGGGUUUCAUGCUGACUACCCCCAACCACCAUCUUAUCAAUCGGGAUUCCUAAACGCCUUUAUUCGAGGAUACAUUUUAAUGCUACAAACAAGAACUUCACUUUGUUCAGUGAAAAUGUCAAUCGAUUGAAUGAAUAAAUUUAUUCAUAUAGUCCAGUAGUUAUAAUACCUAUUUUCUCAAAUACUGACUUCAAUAAUUGUAAGGCAUAUUUAUCCAUUUCCCCAAUUCUAUAAAAUGUACAGUUCAUCAAAGUAAAUAUUUCAGACUUAUUCUAUUCAGGACAAACUGUAAUAAUCUAGUUAGGAUCAAAUAAUCUACAUAAUAUUUACACUGUUAAGGUUAGUUAAUCGUUUAGUGACAUUGGAGAAUUUAUUUAUUAUUAUCUGGUUUUCGUCUUAAACUAAUUGUUAUUAGAUAUGCAGUUGAUCUUUGGCAACCCAAAGUCUUUUCUUAUUAUAGCUCAUUGUAGCUUUCAUUUAUGAUUAAUAUACAACCCACUUAUUUUAAUUCCUUACCUAAUUUCAUCUUUUUACGUUGCCAAUUUUUCGGUAAAUAUAAGAUUUUCACUGCUUUAACUCUGUUUCGAAUACAUAUUGUAAAAGAACUAGUUAGUUAACACUUGAUAUAUUUUGUUUUAAUUAUAUCCACUUGGUUUCAAAUGAGUUUUUCGAUUUUCAGAAGCAAUGUCAUCUACCUAUACGGAGGUACAAUUACAAGAAAUAGUCUCCAGUUCAACCAAAGAUAUUUUACAGUUAGCUGAGAAACAUUUUGCUGAUCUCAGAAUAUAAUAAUAUCCCGGGUCAGUUAUUUUAUUCCUCUUUUUCCUUCUUCACAUUUCUUCUUUCCUUUUCGUUUUCUUCAUUCUCUUCUUUCAUACGAGAUUUUUGAAAUCACUUCCAAUCAGUUCAUUAUAAAACUGUAUAUUUUGUUAAUUAUACACUUUGUGUGCUUCUGUGAAGAUAAAUUUAUAUAGAAGUGAUGUUUGUUUAAUGUGUACAUAGACUCUUUCCAUCAAUAUUAAUAAUUGAGAUAAUAAUUCGAACUGCUUCUCCUAUUCUUAUAUUAUCAACACACGUACAAUAUGUGUAGCAAUAAAAGAAAUGAACAGUGUUAUGUAUUGUUAUUUACCCAAUUGUUGGGAUUAUAAUGACAAUAAUAAAUAUACAUCUUUGGGU